GUGCUUUAGAUGAGAGGGAGAUGAAGGCUCAGACUGAAAGUGAAGCAAAAGAACUUGAGCACAGUGCAAAAGGGAGAGAAGGGAUUGGGAGAGGUGGGGAUACAAAGGGGAGUCCUGCUGCCUCAUCUCUAACAAACUGGCCUGAACUCCUGCAACGGUGUCAUGAAACAGUAAUGGAAAUGAACCUACGAGUAAGUGAAGAAAGUGAAACUCAUCAUACAGAUCCUCUAGAGGAAGUAGACAGAACUGAAGGAAGACCUGUGGAGGGUACCGUGCAAAAGGACGUAGGUAUGAUGGACCAGCCUCUGACAAGUGAUCUCACAGAGAGAGCAAAAAACCACUUUGAAGUCCUACAAAGGCAUUCUCCAUUUCAGAAUUUAGGAGGCCAAAUUAGGCAGGCAGAAGGGAGCGCAGCCUCUGCCCUCACACAGAGUCAGGGUCGAAUACGUCCUGAGGAACUUGUUUCAGGGAGCCAGAGCUCAGAAAGCAAAAGAGGAGUCUGUACUGGGUUUAAGAUCAUCAAUGAUAAGAUAGUAAAAAUUGCCCAUAGCUCACUGCAGGCCGUGGAGAAGAAAUGCUCAUCCCUGGCGUUCCAGCAGGGGUGGCAAAGGAAUGGUGCAGCCGCCCCAACAUGCCGUGUUGCAUCUUUGUCCUGUGAGUCAAGCUUCUUAUCUUCCAACAGUGAUGGUGACCUCGAAUCUCACCAUGGUCUUUAUUCCUUGAACUGUGGGACUCAGGGAGUAGACUGUACUGGCAGGCAUUUGGAUCUCUGUGAUGGUGAUUAUGCCAGUGAUGAGCCCAGUGGAACAGAAAAAAUGCCUGUGAAAAAGUACAGCAGAUCAGCUCCGAGGAAACAAGAUGUUCAAGAGCUCUCAAGACAGCAAAGUCUGUCUCUCAGCACAAGCAGCAGUGAUUCCAGUACUGAAGUUGUCAGGCCAAAAGGGAGCAAGGCCCACUCUUCUCUUCAGCGGUCUGCAGUUCAUCUCACAAGAUCCAAAAGGAGAGGGCAUCAGCCUGAAUCAAAGAAUGAGAAUAGUGUUAGGGAUGUUAAAAACCUAGAUCUGCCACCCUCAGCAGCAGUGAGCCAGAUUCCUACUUUCAAGAGUAAAGAAACCUCUGCAGUGGAGGAACCAUGGAAAAAACUGUUUACAAACACAUCAGAAACUCAGAACAUCCUUACCAGAGGAGUAGAGACUGAUAUGUAUCUUGGAGGAACCCCUUCACUGACUAGGAUGAGAGAAGAACAAGAGAAAGCAAGGCAUUUUCUCAGAACACGAAUGGAUGAAUUUGAGACCAUCGGGAACCAGGAGCUAAUUCACCCUUUGGAAUACAGUAGAGAGCAAAUUCAAACACUGCAGAAAGAAAAAGUUGAACACAGCAAGUUCAAAGGAAGAGCUAGAGUCACUGGAGAAAAUGUGAAAUCAGAAGAAAUACAAAUGUUAAAGCAGCAAAUUGCAGGACUUCAAGAGGAGUUCAAGAGAAAUGAGUCCUGCUGGCAUGCUGCCUACAGCAAGCUAAGAGACCAGGUAGAGGCGCUGACCAGACAGAACAUGGAGCUUCGAGAUGAGCUCAGAGUUGCAGAGCAUCAGAGGCUGAAAGUAGAAAAAAGCCCAGGAGCUGUGAAUUUCAUGCACAGAAAAUCGGAGACCCCGCUUGCAGAAGCCAUUUUGCAAGAGACAUCAUCUUCAUCCAAACAAGAAGAAAGAUCAUGGAGAGACAGUCACAAAAGCCACAGCAUCACGCCUGUGGGGAUGAAGACAUCUUUGCAGAAACCUUCCUUCAGAAAUGCGAAUAGCAAAGCACUAAAAAGCUCUGUGCAAAGGACUGAGUCUUUAAGAUCAGUAACAAAGGAACAUCUAGAAAAGAAAUCAUCUAAUUGCUUCCUUAGCAGAAGCACAACACCUACUGGCAGGAGAACACCUCACCAGGGAAGAGUAACACCUUCUGAGCCAGAAAAAGUUGCACAUCCGCCCUCUCCUAUGGGGAAGAGGACAGAUGACAGGAAAUCACCUGGAGCUGUCUCCCAUCCAAGCGAUUUUAAGGAGCCUAACUCUUCUUCUUAUGUAAAAGAUAGCUCAGAAGAAAUGUCCCUCUCACAUAACCAGAACAGCAACACUUGUAGCUUUACAUGCUGCAGUAACAUUGGAGAAACACAGGAAGAAGAGACUCUUAAUCUUAAAAAGACAGAAAAAAUGCUUAAACCUUGGAAUAAAGUGGCUUUUGUGACUAUCAACAGGAAAAAUGGCAUAAAUGCUUAUGACAACAAAGUACCUGCAGAGAGUUCUCCUACUUUUCUGGAGGCUGAAGGAAAGAUAUUGCCUCCAAAAUCAAUAUUAUCUAGAAGGUCAUUGUUACACCAACAAAGAAGAAAAAGUGAGGAAGAUGUGCAGGAAAAAAUAGAGUAUCGCGAUGGAAAGGUAGAAGAGAUGCUUACCGAUGGACGGCGAAUCAUCACUUUCCGCAAUGGUACCAAAAAAGAGAUCAGUGCUGAUAAAAGGAUGACAGUGGUUAGUUUUUUCAAUGGAGAUGUAAAGAAGAUCAUGCCAGAUCAGAGAGUGAUUUAUUAUUAUGCAGAUGCACAGACAACCCACACUGCUUAUCCAAAUGGCCUGGAGGUGCUGCAGUUCCCUAAUAAUCAGAUAGAAAAACAUCAUCCUGAUGGCACACAAGAAAUUAUAUUCCCAGAUCAGACAGUGAAAUGCCUCUAUAGUGGCGGACUCGAGGAAACUUUUUUUCCAGAUGGUACAGUAGUAAAAGUAGCAAAGAAUGGAGAUAAAACAGUGGUAUUCAGCAAUGGUCAGAAGGAGAUCCACACCGUGCAGUUUAAGAGGCGGGAAUACCCAGAUGGCACUGUAAAGACUGUCUACUCCAAUGGAAGACAGGAAACGAAGUAUGCUUCUGGACGGGUUCGAAUCAAAGAUGAAGAGGGUAAUAUCAUUCUAGAGAAGAAGUGAUUCCUCCCCUUGAAGAGCAGCACUGUACACAACUGGCUCAACCCAGUUUCUCUGUAGGAUUUAAUAUAUCCACCCCUUGGGCAUAUAUGAUUGUUAAUAUGGAUCUUUCUUUCUAUCCAUAAUGCUUUUCUGUUCCUUAAAAUAAUUAAGGGUAGAACUUGUGAAGCAGUGAAAAUCACCACUUCUGUUGGAAUAAAUUAAGGAUAAAACUCUUAAUAGACUAUGUCCUGUACAUUUAGAUAUUAAAAUAAUAUGCCACAAAAAAAAAAAUAUAUAUAUAUCUAGAGAGAGAGAGAUAGAUAGACAGAUAGCUAACUGGAUGGAGAUUUCUUUACUUCUGUGUUCUGGGGUUAUGGAGGAAGGGGAAGGACUAGAAGGCUGAGCAUAAGCUUAUUUUGCCUAAAUUACUUUAGAGCACAGGGUCAAAACUGAUGAGGAAGACUUAAACCUUGUGAAAUGAAUGGAUAGGUCUGCAGGGUUAAAAUUUACUGUGGUUCAGUGACUGGUGCUUACUUUGGAUUAAGCACCCCUUACUCUUUACCCGAAUGAAAUGUUUCUUGAGUGAGACUUUAAAAGAAACGCAGUUGUGCCCUCUCUGUGUAACAUUAAAAUGCCUGUAGUACUUCUCAUCAGUAUUUGUUCCAUGAUACUGGUCACAUUUUCCCUUUUUGUUUUUGUGCUAGUUGGUUACAAAAGUGACUGCGAUUAAGGAGCAUGGCAUAAGAAUCUCAAAUCUACAAAGCAUUUGGGGUUCUUUGGAGAAAAGGAUAUCAAAUCAGUGUGAGGUUUUACCAUUCUUAUUGUUCCACAUGGUAGGUCCAAUUCAUCAGUUGAAAAUAUAACACAGUCUUUAAUGUAAAUGAAGUUUCUCAAGGUUAAAGAGAACCAAAGUCGUCUUGGGUCAGAUCAUCCUCUGGGGAGAGAAUUGUUGCCUAUUGAGCAGAGGUGAACUGACUGAUUUUUAGAAGAGGACCUGGAGUAUCUUCUAGUUUGGGCAAAUAUGUUUUGUUCAUCAUCUCUCCUUCAAAUUAAAUGGCUUCAGUCUAGCUUUCAGAAUUCAUUCGUGGGAUCAAACACUAGGCUAGAGCCAAAAAGCACUUAGAAACUUUUUCCUUCAUAAUGCCAGGGGCACUACCCUUUUUGUUGAAUGGCUCAGUGCCUCCAUCACUCCCUCCAGAAUCAGAAGAUCUGGGUUUCAUAUUCCACCUACUGUUGAUCCUCAGAGGAGGUAAGCAGAGGAGUGCCUGAACAGAGAUAUAAUUUGGAUACCAAGUUGCUUGAGACUUCCAAGGCCAAAGUAUUUUGGAGAGUUCAUAGAACUGAACUUCUGGAACAUGGAAUAGUCCAGUUAAAUAUUGGAGAAAAAAGAUUUUAUUGUGAGGGUGGUCAAAUACUGGAACAGGCUGCCCAGAGAGGUUGUGGAAUCUCCAUCCUUGGAGCUGUUCAAGACUUGACUGGACACAGCCCUCAGUAAUCUGAUCUAAUUAGACCUGCUUUGAGUGGAGAAGUUGUACUGAAUGGCUUCUGGGGGUCCCUUCCAACCUAAAUUAUUCUGUGAUUCUGUGAUCAUAAUCUGAUACCUUUGUCUUUUGCAUUUGAAGUCAAAAAUUAAUGUUUAUUCCAUCCUGGUCAUUAUUCCAGAUGAAACAGCCCUUCCCUCUUCCCCCAGCAGUCUUUCUCCAGACCUUAUCUGUGUUGCUUUGCUUUUGAAUUAACCUCCUCUACUACUGCCUCUAUUCUUCUGGUAUUGUAGAAAUAUUUCUGGUCAGUGAAUCUCUGCAGUUUCAAGGUUCUUUGGAUUGCAGUUUGUACCUAGGGGAAUUAAUCAUUUAUCAGAUGCUGCUUUCAGCUGCCUUUCCCAGGGACUGUCUGUCCAUCAUCUGUCUUGAAUUUUUCUAAAGCACUGAAGCAUCUCCCCUGUAGAACUCAGCUCAUUAGCUGCCCAGUGACUGAGAAGACCAAUUAUCUCCUCAUGGCCUGCAAAUUCCUUUUGCAAGAAACACACUUUCAGAGCAUGCUACUUUAGCCUUUUCUCACACCUAAAUGCAAAAUAACUGCAAGAUUAGGGAACUGCUCUUUCUUGUGUUCAGUUUCCAGUGGGUCAGACUACCAACAAAUGGGCAUUCAAAUUACAGAGCCUCUUUGGAAGUUAUAGACUUAACAGAACAAGAAGUGUUAUUAAUAUUAAACGUACACAUGCUGCAAUCUAUGGAUUUAAUUAUGAAGUUCUAGACAUCCAUGCAAUUUGAUGGUGUGAUAACAUAAUUGCAUUGUUUUUCUUUUACCCCUGCAUAACAAAGAAACUAUUAAUAAACCUGUGCCUUUCACUA